AUGCAAGUGAGCUAUAUAGAAAAGAAGAGUGUGGACGACCUGAGUAUAAGUACAAUGGUUGAUGACAGGAUAUUUUUUAUUCGGGGAAUGCAGCUGGUGAGCAAAGGCGUCCACACAUACGACUCUGAGGUUCUGCACAAGACGUUUGAGGAUAGGGUUGACUAUAUCUGCCACUUCAAAGGGAUGAUGCUUAUCUUGUGCGGGAAUGUUCUACAUAGGUAUAGGUUGUUUGGAGAAGAGCUAGUUUUGAGCGGGACCCAUCAGCUGCUCGAGCCUCCGAUCAGGGUGUGUGUGAGUGGAACAGCAACGGUAAAGGAGACCCAUGCCGUGUGUUUUCUGUACAAGAGUAAAAAGAUCGAGGUUUUCAACAACGAUGUUGAGAGAGUUGUGGUGCGCUGCAAGGGAGAUGUUGCAAGAGAAGACGAAAUAAUUGAUUUUACGAUUGAGGAUGGAUCCUCAUGGUUCCUGUCGAGGUCUGGCCGGAUCUACCACACACAUUCUUUUGUUGCGUCAAGGAUGGCUCUUCUGCACAAACCUGUUCGGAUGAUUCCGGAGCCUACCUAUUUUGACGGAAACAUCAACAGAAUUUUAGCCAGGAAAAACAGGAUGUAUGUGUGCUAUGACGGCGGAUUUGAGGUAUAUGACAUCGGAAAGGAUGUGCUGGUGCUAAACUAUACAUACAGGACACGUGAUUUCGAGCUCCAUGCAUUUGAAAGUGUCUACUGCUUGGAGAAGAACCUUCUAGUUGUUGACGAAAUGCCACGGAUGAUUGCAGGUGUUCGGGUUCACAAGAUGUUUGGGAACAUUGGGAUUUCGCGUGACAGGGUUUUAUUUGUCAAGAAUGCGGUAGAGGACGAAAGGACUGGCGUGAAGUUGCUGAAGGAGGGAGAUGCGGACACGAGGGUGAAGGAGAUGUUCAGGAUGGUGGAAAACGAGAUCAAGGUUCCGGAGAUCAAACUUGCAGAGAAUGGAAGAGAGGUUUCUGAGAAGAGCCUUCUCAUGAUACAGAAGAUGGUUAACGAGUUUGAGAGUAAGAUUCUCGAUGUGUACAGAAGGAUUUAUUUUGAGCUUGUGACUCUUAACGAAAGCUUUGAUGAGAAGAUGGCAGGGUUGAAUGCCGAGAACGACUUGAUAUUGAAGAGGGUGGAGGUCCUUGACAAGAAGAAGAAUGAGCUGAUGACACGCCUCCAGAGGCUUGGGGAGAAGAUGGAGGGUGUUGUUUCUGGGAUCAAGAUAGAUGGAAAUAAAGUGAGAAGGCUGAUUGCAAUGGUUGACGGGGCCAUUGACGGGAUUGCAUUCAAGAGAUAUGAGAAGUAUUCGAAGAUCCUUAAGCUUCAGAGGGAGAUACUCACCAGAAAGGUGAUUUGA